UCAUAUGAACCAGUCUUUGUUGUUUAAAUUGGAUUCACGCACCAUUUGGUCAAGACGGUAAAGACAUAUGAACCCGUCUUUGUGGUUCAAACUGGAUUGACGUACCAUUUGGUAAAGACGGUAAAGACUUAUGAACCAGUCUUUAUGGUUCAAACUGCCAUUUAGUGAAGACCGUAAAGUCUGGAUUCACAUACCAUUUAGUGAAGACCGCAAAUUCAUAUGAACCCGUUUGUGUUGUUCAUUAAGCAUAAUUCGAUGAAAACUUCCAUCUCUAAACUUGAAAAUAUAAUCGCGUGCAGAAGACAACAUGCAAUUGUGGAUGAUUAGUGUUUCUCUGUCUUUCUAUUUACUAAAGGCUGGACUUUGUUUACCCGCAGAUGAAGGUUCUGGCGAUUGGAAUGACACUACCAAUAUAUUCUUGGAUCCAGAAUCUGACCUGGUAUUGACGUCACCAAAUUAUCCACAAGAUUACAAUCCGUCAAUGAAAAAAGUUUGGAGAGUCACGACUGCCAGCAAUUACAGGAUCGCUCUAACUUUCUCUACUAUACAACUAGAGCCAAUAUUUGACUCUCUGUUAGUGAUUAGUGAUGGAGUAACUGUAAAUUCUAGUUAUAUAAAUACGUGGAACACAACAUUAUCUUGCUUUGAACUUGAGCUCAUGAUGAUUACAGAUGAUACCGUAGAAUACCAAGGUUUUCAUGCUACUUUAUCAACUCAGUAUGUACAUACAGCGUCUAAUGAUUCGGCCAAUUCGCAGAUGACGAAUACAAGCUCAACCUUUACAAUGACAAGGAUGUUCCUAUCCGUUUGCGAUCGUCUACUGGAUAAAGAUAAUUUACAAACUAUAUCCGACUCCGGUGACGCGACAAACUCUGAAGAAACGUCAAGUAAUAUGGUAUUGAUGUUGGAAACCUUUGCACUUGAGUUGGCUAAUAACAUCGAUGCAUCAAACGCCAGUGUAUUUUCAUACACCUCUGAAAACUUAGAUAUGCAUAUAGACGCAGUACCAAAUGACGUCAUAGCAUCAGUCACUUCGCUGUACCUGGAACAAGAAGACUUGGAUUUCCAAUGCCCAACCGCUGUAUUAAGUGGAGACGUCAAAGUAGUUACAGUGAUUCCUAAGACUCUUCAUGUGUCGAUGUCAAGCCAAUUGGAAGACGGUACCAACAGUACCUCUAUAAUAUUUGGCUCGUAUAUCACGUCACUUUCAGUAACAUCAGAUAAAACAAUUGACUUUAGUGAUGAUCCCGUGGAGAUAAGUAUCAGGCAUUUACAGGCGUUUGGAGAUGGAUAUCACGCUGUCUGUGCAUUUUGGAAAUUCUCAAACAAUUCCACUGGCGGAAUAUGGUCCACCGAUGGAUGUGAAGUCGUAAUAUCUGAGACAUCAAAAACUGUCUGUCGGUGUAAUCACUUGACAAACUUUGCCAUUCUGAUGAGAGUCAGCCCAGAAUCUCCGGUACUCUCUGUCGCAGACGCCACUGCUUUAGAAGUUCUGACGUUUCUACUCACAUCCUUGUCGAUUAUUUCUUUGGUAUUAACAAUUUUGACUUACAUUUACUUGAGAAUCUGGAACACACGUCGCAACAUUGUCCACAUAAAUCUGGCAUCGUCGCUUGCUACAGCACAGAUUCUGUAUUUAUGCCUCAUUGAGCGUACAGAAAAUGAUCUUGGAUGUACGUUUUCCGCAGUGAUUCUUCAGUACAUUUUUACCGUUAGUUUUUCCUGGAUGUUACUCGAAGGUGUUUACCUUCUAAUGGUUUCUCACAGCAGCCUAAUUCGAAAGAACCCACAGACGAGCAUCUACAUUGCAGUCGGCUGGGCAACGCCGUUAGUCUUCGUUGCAAUACCAUUCAUAUACACUCCUUCAAGCUAUGGUUCCGAAGAAGCAUGCUGGCUUGACACAAAUGUUAUUUGGGCUUUUGUUACACCGAUACUUUUCGUUAUUGCUGUGAACGUUUUUGUACUUACGGCUGUAAUAAAGAUAUUUUUGAACCUAAAGGCAAACUCAUGCAAAUCAAAAAAACACCAACUAAGAUCCAGCAUUCGGGCAGUGUUGCUGAUGCUGCCUUUAAUGGGGCUGACAUGGAUAUUUGGAUUGGUGGCGUCCUUUGACAAAUCCAACUUCUUUGCAUACAUGUUUGUUAUCUUCAACUCUUCUCAGGGAAUAUGCAUAUUUUUGCAACUCAUUGUCUUCAACGAUGAGAUCAGAAAGCUUUACAAGAUGAGAUAUGUUCAGCGUGGCACCAAUUCAACAUUCAUAACGUCAGCAUCUUUUGCGAGUGGUCAUCAGACAAAAAAAUCAUUUCUCACAUAAUUAUUUGUUCACCC